GCGAUGCGGGCACCCCUGGCGUGCAGCCCCUGCGGGCACCAUGAGGCCCCUGCUCCGCCGCCUGCUGCUAGCCGCGCUCCUGCAGCUGGCCCCGGCCCAGGCCCCUGUCUCCCAGCUUGAUGCUCCUGGUCACCAGAAGAAAGUGGUAUCAUGGAUAGACGUGUAUGCUCGAGCCACCUGUCAGCCACGGGAGGUGGUGGUGCCCCUGACUAUGGAGCUCAUGGAUACUGUGGCCAAACAACUGGUGCCCAGCUGUGUGACUUUGCAGCGUUGUGGUGGCUGCUGCCCUGACGAUGGCCUGGAGUGUGUGCCUAUUGGGCAGCACCAGGUCCGGAUGCAGAUCCUCAUGAUCCGGUACCCAAGCAGUCAGCUGGGGGAGAUGUCCCUGGAAGAACACAGCCAAUGUGAAUGCAGACCAAAAAAAAGAGAGAGUGCUGUGAAGCCGGACAGGGCUGCCAUUCCCCACCACCGUCCCCAGCCCCGCUCUGUUCCGGGCUGGGAUUCUGUCCCCGGAGCACCCUCCCCAGCUGACAUCACCCAUCCCACUCCAGCCCCAGGCCCCUCUGCCCACGUUGCACCCAGCGCCGCCAGCGCCCUGACCCCAGGACCUGCCACUGCCGCUGCCGACGCCGCAGCUUCCUCCGUUGCCAAGGGCGGGGCUUAGAGCUCAACCCAGACACCUGCAGGUGCCAGAAGCUACGAAGAUGACUUUUCAGACUCAGCAUGGCCACUUGCCUCACAAAGCCACACACCAGUGGGGGAGAAAAGGGGAGUCUGGUGAGAACAGUCCAGAUCCCAAGAUCUCUGCCCGGGUGGAAGCUGCUCCAGGACCUGGGCCUCUUAGAGGGCUACCCCGCCAUCCUUUUUCUCUCUGAGGCAGUCAAGAGGUAGACAGAGUUGGAGGAGGAGAUUUGGAGGCAGCAAGAGGGUCAUAUCCCAGCUUAGGGGAGAAUGGGGUACUGUCUCAGUUUUUAACCAUGCUAUGCAAGUGAGCAUUUUACAACUGGCUCCUCCCUCCUCUUACUAAGAAGACCUCAAACCUCUAUGAAUAAUGGGAUUCGGGCUUUGUUACAAGAACUGUGACCUCUUCCCCCCAACCCUGAUAAAAGAGAUGGAAGGAGAUA